GAACACGAUCGUAGCUAACUUCGCUGUAGUUUUUCCCGCAGUUUGGCGUCCACACGGACUGAUAUAAAAAAUAUUAUACAAAAUUUCUAUGAAUUUAGAUCAAUAGGACAUUACAAUCCCCGUGUGUUUUGUUCUGCAGUGAUGUUCUAAUGGAUGUAAUAUGUUUGUUCUGUGAUUGUUUUGUUUGAUAGCUAGUGCCGUGGCGGUUUUGUAAACACGGGAAACGGGACCCACGUCUAUGACUUAUCAUUGGCAGUAUGGCGGAAAUAGUGUACCCGCAAGGCUGCAGGCCUAUCACCGAUGACCUAGGACCCGAUGAGCUAGUGCGGAGACUUAAGGCAUUGGCGCACACUCUCCAAGGGUUAGGCCAGGAUGAGGGCAUGUACCAGCAAUACAUCCCUCUGGCAAUCCACCUCGCCGACGAGUUCUUCCUCGCCAACCCCUCUCGCGACGUUCAGCUUCUGAUAGCAUGUUGUAUCGCGGAUGUACUGCGUGUGUACGCUCCUGAAGCGCCGUAUAAAGACCAGGAACAGGUGAAGACAAUAUUCCUGUUCCUAAUCAACCAGCUGCAAGGCCUCCGGGACCCAAAGGACCCGGCAUUCAAACGCUACUUCUACCUGCUUGAGAACCUUGCCUAUGUCAAGUCGUUUAACAUGUGCUUUGAGUUGGAAGACUGCCAGGAGAUCUUCUGCGCUCUGUUCUCGCUCAUGUUCAAGAUUGUCAACACGGAGCACUCGUCCAAAGUGAAAUCCUUCAUGCUGGACGUCCUGUGCCCGCUGAUCACAGAGUCGGACGUGGUCUCCAACGAGCUGCUGAACGUGAUCCUCAUGAACCUGGUGGAGCCGAACAAGCGUGAGAGAAAGCACGCGUACGCGCUCGCCAAGGAGCUGAUCAGCAAGACGAGCGAAACUUUAGAACCUUAUAUACAGGCGUUCUUCAACCACGUCCUAAUCCUCGGAAAAGAAGAAAAAACCCUCCUAAUCUUCUCUAAAGUAUACGAGCUUAUCUACGAACUGAACCAAUGCUGCCCCUCCAUCCUCAUCGCCGUGCUACCCCAGCUCGAAUGCAAGCUCAAAUCCGCGCAGUUCCAGGAGAGACUCAGCGCUGUCGCCCUACUUGCUAGAAUGUUCUCCGAACCCGGAUCGGGACUUGCCAAGCAGUACCCAGCCCUAUGGCGAGCUUUCCUAGGACGCUUUAAUGAUAUAGCUGUCCCGAUUCGAAUCAAAUGUGUCCAGUAUUGCAUGCACUUCUUAGUGCACCACCCAGACUUGAGAAAAGAUAUAACAGAGACAUUGAAAAUGCGACAGCAUGAUGCUCAUGAACAGGUUAGGUAUGAAGUCGUUAUGGCUAUAAUUGCAACAGCACAGAGAGAUUUCCAAGCGGUAGCCGAAUCAGAAGACCUGCUCCAUUUUGUAAGAGAAAGAACUCUGGAUAAAAAAUUCAAAAUCCGUAAAGAAGCUAUGUCAGGUUUAGCUAUGAUUUACAGAAAAUUCUUGACUGAAGAAAGCGUGCCGCCGGCUACAGAGAAGGCGGUACAAUGGAUUAAAGAUAAAAUCCUCCACGGAUAUUAUAUGACCGCUCUAGAAGACAGAUUGCUUGUUGAAAGACUGUUAAACACUUCUCUCGUUCCUUACACUCUGCCGCCUCAAGUUAGAAUGAAGAAGUUAUACUAUCUAAUGUCUAAUGUCGACGCUAACGCAACUAAAGCGUUUAUAGAACUUCAAAAGCAUCAGUUAGCGGUCCGUCGUACGGUCGCCGAAUGGGUAGAGCUACACAGAAAACCACCGACACCAGCGGUGCAAAAGGAAUUGAUUGCUAAAGUCUUACACAUAAGCUCCAAGUUCCUGCCGGAGUCGGUGAAGGCACAGGAGUUCUUAAAUAAGUUCUCGGCUCAUAUGAAACAGGCGCCCGAGCUGCUGCAGGGAAUGGAGAUGAUACUGAAUCCUAAUGUUAGCUGCGAAGUGUGCGUUCGUACCACGUCGAACGUGCUAAAGAAACUCGGCCAGCCCGUGAUGACAAACCUCUACUACAACACAGUAAAGAUGCUGCUGGAACGCGUCAGCUCCGUAAUGAUCGACCACGAGGCUCUGCUCAUCCUCGUCGGUUAUGUAGAGGGCGCUUGUAGGGGCUCUGACGACUCCAUCGCUGAGGAGUGCGGCACAACACAAAAAGUGGCAGCAGAGCGCGGCCUGAAGCUCCUAGUGAUGCUCUCCUUCGUGUUUCCGUCGCACUUCUUACACUCAGACGUAUUGGAACGACUCACAGCUCUUCUGGAACAUGAGGAUGAAUCUGUGGCGCCGCAUAUUCUAGCCGCGCUCACGUUCCUUGGGAAAUAUCGCCCGCUGAGCGAGGCGUGUCCAUCUCUGUUCCCGCGACUGACCUCGCUGUGCAAGGCGUACGCCGAAGUCGGCACGCCCAAACAGGCCAAGAAUGCUGUCAGAUGCCUAUUCGUGAACGUGCCCGAGCAGCGCUCUGCCAUCUUCACCGAAAUCCUAGAGACGCUCAAAGGCACGCUGACUCCACAUUCUGAGCAUUACCGCACAGCCAUAGUGACGCUCGGACAUAUCGCCCACAACCUGCCAGAGACCUUCCCUCUGCACAUCAAGAACAUCGUCUCCAGAAAGAUCGUGAAGGAGCUUCUAGUCCGCGAGGGCGGCGGCGGGCCUCGCGCGCCCGACGACGAGUGGUGCGCCGAGGAGCAGCUGCCGGAGGAGACCCGCUGCAAGCUCGAGGGGCUCAAGUGCAUGGCGCGCUGGCUGCUAGGGCUCAAACGUGACGAGCUGUCGGCGCAGAAGACCUUCCGCAUGCUCAACGCGUUCAUAGUGCACAAGGGGGACUUACUGCAGCAAAACCAGCUGUCUAAAGCUGAGAUGGCGUGGCUGCGGCUCGGCGCGGGCGCCGCCAUGCUCAAGAUCUGCGAGCAAAAGGGCGUCGGCGACCAGUACACCGCGGAACAGUUCUACAACCUCAGUCAUCUCAUCAUCGACCCUGUACCACAAGUCAGAGAAGCAUUUGCAGCGAAACUACACAAAGGUCUUUCAAAGGGUAUCCCGAAUAAAUGUCUGCCGCUGGACUUCAUGGGCAUGUACGCGCUGGGCGGGCGCGAGCCGGAGCGGCGCCUGCGCGGGCUGGUGCGCCAGUACAUGCUCGCGGACGUGGUGCGCAGGCGCGAGUACAUACGGAACAUCACCGUCGGCACUAAAGUGGAACAAGCGGUAUCUCAGCUGCCACACAUCCUGCCGGACUACAUGCUGGUGUUCGCUGUGCCGGUCCUUACUCACGAUCCUUUCUUUGAGACGUAUGACAACGCGACGCAGCUCAAGGUGAUGAAGCAGUGCUUAUGGUUCGUGCUGGAGCCACUGAUCACCCGCAACGACUUCUACUGCUACGGGUUCUACAAGAGCCUCGUCGAGCGCAUGAAGAACCACAAGGACGCCCUCCAUGAAUCUGACGACAACUACAAUUACAAAAUGUGGGCGAUCUGCGACCUGGCCAUGUCGGUGAUCUGGACGCGCUCGGCCAGCUUCGAGAUGCGCGACUUCCCCUCCGACGCGCGCAUCCCCACCAUGUACUUCGCGCCGCAGAACGAGUUCUUCGUCAACACGCGCGUGUUCCUCCCGCCCGAGCUGCAGUUCCAGCCCAAGAAGCCGACGCCGGCCGAGGCGGCGCCGCGCGGCAAGAAGCGCGCGCGCCCCGCCGCCGACAACAUCGACACCAACGACGUCGAGCCAUCGGAGGCGUCCGACACGCAGAUCCAGCUGCCCGGCCUCGAGCAGCCGCCCGAGUCCGACGUGGACGAGCCGCCCGGCAAGCGGACCAACUCCGACUGAACGCCACCACGCACCACCACCACACCGACUAGGAGGACCCAGACCACACGGACGGAUACAGAGACAUACUCAUUUUGUACUUUUACCCUUUGAACGCCGGAAACGGUCGCCAAGUUUGUGUAAUCGGUUUACCACCAAAUUAACUUGUGAACGAACCAAAGGCCGAGGCCACGGUGACCCUAACCCUUGAAGCUCGGUUGGCUCGUCAUCGUCGUAGGCGCUACAUCAUACUUGAAAAUGUCACAUAUAUGCAAGUGAGUCCAUAUAAAUUAGCGUAUAACACUUAGCGUUCCUGGCGCUGUGGGCUACGUGACGAUUUUUUGGCGUUCUUGGCAUCCAAAGGGGUCAAACUGGACUUGAAUAGCGUUUGGAAGUUUUAAUCGUGUACCUUUUUUUUUCGAGAAACUAUUAUUUUCGGUGUUUUCUAUGCAAAAUCACUGGUAUUUAUAUUAUUUUAAUAACAGAACAGUAUUUUCAGUUUUCCAUACGACAUAAUUACUUGUUUUGUUUUAAAUUCGAUUGUUUUGUGAUUUCGAUAAAAAUAUUUGUGAGUAUGCGUCUCAAAACUGUCUGCUUAAUAAAUUAAACUAAUGUAAUAAAAUAUUCGUGAUUUUGAAUAGGUACUUAAUAUCCGAAACUCUAACAAGAUAAUAUAUUCAUAAUGUCCAAUUUAAAACACUGCCAGGUGGUUUUCUUUUAUAAUCUGCUAGAGAUUUCAUUUGUCGUGCUAUAAAAUCAAGGUUAUAUCCAGUAUUUUGGAUGUUGUUAAAUAAAAGGCAAUAAACGCUACUAUCCUGAAUUGAUACUGAAAAUGAAACGAUGAUUUCGGCUUUUAACCUCGUAAGCAUGCUAGUCCAAGUACAAAUUCAAUUCGAGUUUUACUCUUAUAGAAACUAGUGGCUUGCGAUAAGUAUACAGUACACUGUAUUUACUUGAAAAUAGUUGUACAACUAGACUUAUGAACUGAUUUUGCAUGUACAAUCAGCCUUAAGUUUCUAGUUUAUGAUGGUUCAUUAUUUUUUGUAUGUUGGUAUUUUUGCACUUUGUAGCUUUUCCUCAGUCACCCGUUGACCACGAACGCUGUAAACGGUUCGAAACGGAGAUAAAGUAUAAAUUCAAUAUACGCGAUAUAAUCCGUUUUCAUAGUUUUAUUUCUUGCGAUAAGCUCAUAACUGUUAAAAAAAUUUAAUACUUCAUUGAGUCAUUAUCACAGUGAAAUCAAAUGGUCUUAAGUGACAUAGAACCUACUGGCGCUUAAUUAAGUCCCUUAAAAUCCGCCAUUUUGAACUUUUACCAAAAAACCUCUUAACAAACCAUCUCACAAACGAGAAUCGAUUGUGAAAUGCGACCUGCAGAGGAGAACACAUACGAAAGCAAAUACAAGAGCGCUGUUUUACGAGGUUAAAUUUACCGUAUCAUCAGUAUUCUGUAUACGGGUAAAUAUAAUAAAACCUAAAUUACCCAAAAUGCCUAUUGGAGCAAUCCAUACAUAUUUGCUCCAUACCGAUUAAGAGUUACUUUCUAUUGGAAUGAAUAAUAAUGAGUAAUAAUUAUGUAAACAUGUCUUAAAUUGAGAGACGGAUUUACAGAAACUGGCAUUUUUAUUAUAGAAAAAAAACCCAGUUUCGAUUGUCGAAAAAUUUGAUUUGUCCGAAUAAUUUAUUUGAUAGGUAUUUAAAAUGGUGUGUAAGAGCUUCUCAUUCAUAAGAAAUGAAUAAAUACAUGUAAUUUGUGUAAAGAAUGUCGAAAGACUAAGGCAAGAAUGGUACUGCAGUACUUUUAAUUCGGUUUAUAUUACUGUGACUGCAGCAUCUAUUUCGUUUGCUUUUUAAGUCGUAGUAAUCAUAUUUGGGUUCCAAUAUAAUUAGCAUUAAAAACUGCACUUAAUAAUAUCAGAAACCAUCAGUCUUUGAAUAAGUUUGAAAACCCAAACUUUAUGAAGUUAUGGACAAUUUAAGUAAUUAGAAAACUAAAGGCUUAAGGAUUAAAGGAGGGUUUAGGAAGGAGGAGGAAGGAGGAAUCACUUAUUUUCAACUACGCCCCUUAAUGACUGCCCGUGCUUUUUCAUGGGCCAUAAUAAUCGAUAUUUGACUAUAGUAAAUCUUGAAUUGAUUACUUAAAUAUUAUGAUGGAUUUUGGUCUAUUUUCUGGAUUAUUCUUUUUUAACUUUAACGUGUCCUAAGUUAAUUUUGUGCGCAAGGAUAUCACUGACAUCAUGUCAUUAUUAUAAAAUAAUUUUGUUCUUUUUCAAGGACAAUGGAUAGAACGUUCUUUUUAUUUUAUCAUCACCAUGUCUUAAGAUGACAUUAAGGAGUGAUAUAUGGAUUAAGUCGAGUCUGUAAUAUAGAAUUAUAAUCAUAAGUUUUUAGACUAAUACGUAAAUUUGUUUGCCCGUUGUUCUAGUUUGUAUUUUCGGCUGAUAGUUAUCUGUUCAUUUUCGUUUCGAUUUGACAAAAUUUUAAAUUUAAACAAUUAUGUUUUUACUAUUCUGACUUAAUUGUAUCAAUUAUAAAUAAAUUUGGGCACUUCAUGGACAUCGUAGCUAGCUUAUGUAUUAAGUUUUACAUUUUAGCAGUUUCUUCGUGAUAUUAUUAUCUAACAAAAUGUCCUAUUUGAAGAACUAUUAACCUUUUCGCUGCCACGCAUGAAUCUAGUAUGAAACUGGAUUAGGCAUGAGUGGUGGGGUAACUGUCAGAACGGGAUUGUCUUAUGAAUCUUUCAGUAGGAGUAGCAGAGAAAGCGUUAUUGUUUGUCCUUGUUACAGUCUUUUUUUUAAUUCCCCACCGUAAAUUUGUAUGGUUUAUGGUGGGGUACAAAUCUACUCGACCAAUAAUAUUGUCGCAUUGCGUAUGUUCUGUCCCUCACGGGCGCUCGCGGUAGGCCACUUCUAUAGGAUUCUACAUUCUACACCGCCACGUCAAUGAAGUAAUAGUGUCUUCAACGCCAUGUCAAAAAUAGGGAGUAUUACGCGUAACUCUGCGUAGGUGGCGCCACUACCACAAUCUGAAGGUCUAUUGCAAAACAAGAAAAUCGAAAUUUCGUUAUCUAACAUCUCUGUCACUCUUGCAUAUUCGAGCGAUAAAGAGGCUGAUAGCGAAAUUUCGGAUUCGCGUUUCCCGGUAGGUCCUCUGUAAACAAACCGCCUUGGUGCAUCAAUGUCAUAUUUUAAUUUUAUUAUCUCUGAAAAUUUGUCAAAAACCUGUUAAAGGUACAGUAUGUAUAAGUUACUCUAUGGUUUACUAAAAAGGCUAGUGCUGCACUCUGGUGGCAGAACAUUGCAGUAAUAUCUCCUAUUGCACGUAAACGAACCUAUGCAAAACCACGACUUGAUAUGAAGUCGUGGGUGUGGGACACGAAGUGCACUGACUUUAUAUCAAGUCAAUGGCGGCGAGAAGGUUGAUUUCCUAGCGGCUUCUGCUAUGUGUGUAAUUUUUCGAAAACGUUUCACUUAUUAUUAAGUUUAAUUUUUAAUAUUUUUCGGGAAUAUUCGUAUGGAGAUGAGUAAUGUUGUAUUGUAGUUAGGAACAAAAUAUUACAGUUCCUAUAAGGUUAGGCUGUGUAGGUUUGUGGCAUUUUUAAAGGGGCGUAAAGAUUGUCAGAGCGAAAACGACGGGUUUUUUUUUUGAAAGUUCACAAUUAAUGUACCUGGACUCUUAUCGUUUCGGGGACCUAGCCUUACCACGAGUUUGACACUGACUUACUAACUUACUUUAUAUGCAUCUCGCUCGUACUGGCUUAUUAGUGCGAGCAAGAUGUAUAGAAAGUAAGUUACGCAGACGCUAGCGAAUAUGUCAGUGUCAAACUCGUGGUAAGGCUAUAAGGUGGAAUAUAAAUUCACUCUAGGCUCGUAGAAAAGAGAUGCAAAGAUCCCAGAUUAUAUUUAAUGGUAAAAGCUACCCAAUGAAAUUUGUUCUAUAAAAAGUACGUACAUGAAGUAUUUUUGUAAAUGUACGCUUUUUUUUGCUCGGUGUCCAAACUGUGUUUCGAGCCUGGCAAUAGUGUAUUGUUUUUAAUUUUAAUUCACUUGUAUCAAUUAAGUGUACCAAAAAUUGGAUAACAACUGACGGCGGUGACGCGACGCAUGCGUCGAGACGAUUCUCUGUAGUUAUAUAUUAAAUAAUAAAUAUAA